AGUGCUGUGCUGAGGUGGCUCCUCCCGCUUCCUGUGCUGUGUGUUAUGUGUGCUCCGCUCGGCCCCCGUGUGCUGCUUGUGUCUCCUUGUUGUGUUGUUGUGUCUCAUGUCGUCUCCUCCACUGCUUACCCCUCAACAUGGGGGAUCGCCGGGUCACUUCCUCCCCCGGGACCCGCCACCCCGAGCUUGGAGUCCCCGAGACAAGUGCAGCUACCUGGGCCUGUCCCACGGCAACCUGCGCGUCCACUACAAAGGACAUGGCAAAACAUCAAGAGAUGCCGCUUCGGUGCGGGCAACACACCCUAUCCCAGCUGCCUGUGGGAUAUACUAUUUUGAGGUGAAAAUUAUCAGUAAAGGAAGAGAUGGAUAUAUGGGCAUCGGGCUGUCCACACAGGGUGUAAAUCUGAAUAGAUUACCAGGUUGGGAUAAACAUUCUUAUGGAUAUCAUGGAGAUGAUGGACAUUCGUUCUGUUCCUCUGGAACUGGUCAGCCAUACGGCCCAACAUUCACUACAGGCGAUGUUAUUGGAUGCUGUGUGAAUCUCAUAGACAACACGUGUUUCUACACUAAAAACGGACACAGCCUAGGUAUCGCCUUUACAGACCUCCCGCCGAACCUGUAUCCAACCGUUGGACUUCAAACACCCGGUGAAGUGGUUGAUGCAAAUUUUGGCCAGAGUCCCUUUGUGUUUGAUAUCGAAGACUACAUUCGGGAGUGGAGAGCCAAGAUUCAGGCACAGAUUGAAAGGUUUCCAGUAGGUGGAGACUGGCAGUCUGUAAUUCAAAAGAUGGUUUCUUCAUAUCUUGUGCAUCAUGGCUAUUGCUCUACAGCAGAAGCCUUUGCCAAGUCCACUGACCAGACUGUUCAGGAAGAGCUGGCCUCCAUCAAGAAUCGGCAAAGGAUCCAGAAGCUGGUACUAGCAGGAAGAAUGGGUGAAGCUAUUGAAACCACACAACAAUUAUACCCCAACCUACUAGAGAGAAAUCCUAAUCUUUUCUUCACCCUAAAAGUAAGGCAAUUCAUAGAAAUGGUGAACGGGACUGACAGUGAAGUGAGAUGUCUGGGAGGUCGCAGCCCCAAAUCACAAGACAGUUACUCAGGAUCAGAUAGCAACUGCAGUAAUGGCGUUAUAUCCAACAAAGCUCACCAGUCCCACAGUCGUAGUAAACACCAGCCUUCCAGCCUUAAUGUAACAGAGCUUAACAGUAUAAACAUGACAAUGUCACAGCAAAUCAACAGCUAUCCUAGCAGUGAUGUAGAAAUGGAGACUGAUCACUACUCCAAUGGGUUUGCUGCAGCCUCAUCCAAUGGAUUUCUUAAUGGCAGCACAAAGCAUGACAGUGAAGUGGAAGAAUGUGACACAGAAAUGGAAGUAGAUUCAACUCAGGUCAGACGACAGUUGUGCGGGGGGAGCCAGGCUGCUGUCGAGAGAAUGAUCUGUUUCGGAAGAGAGCUACAAGCUAUGAGUGAGCAACUAAGACGAGAACGAGGAAAAAAUGCCACUAACAAAAACAUGUUAAAGGAUGCAUUUAGUUUAUUGGCUUAUUCUGAUCCUUGGAGUAGCCCAGUUGGCUACCAGCUUGAUCCCAUACAGAGAGAGCAUGUGUGCUCCUCUCUCAACAGUGCAAUAUUAGAUAUACACAACCUGCCAAAGCAGCCUCCCCUCUCCUUGGCUCUGGAACAAGCUGCUCAGUGUUUAGAGAUGAUGGCGCACUCAGGCAUAGGUUCCUGUGCAUUUGCCAGGGUGGCUGAUUACUUACAUUAGCUAUGCAUUAGAAGAAGUCAAUGUAAACACAGACUAUAUAUGCAGUAUGGGAAUACUGUAAGACACAUAGACCAGCUCUAGUUACUUGGAACUUUUUAUUUUGUUUUUCAGUUAUACCAUUUGUAACAAGCACGACUCUACCAUUGACUUUUAAAUAGCUAUUUUUUUUAUUACUAUAAUUUCUUUCACUUUUAAGAGGAAGUUGAUAUGUAAUUCUGGUGUGAUAUACCAGCAAUAAUUUGAUUUGACUUAUAUUAAUCUAUAAUAUUCUCUUCCAAUACGUGAGGUACAGUGAAGAACAAAAAUAAAUAAAUAAAAAAAAAUGUCAAAGACUCACAGGGUUGCGCUAAAGGACAAGCGAAAAGGCUUGCAGCUUGGUCCUGUGUUGUUGUUUUUUUUUCCUUUUUAAUUUUGUUUGGGUGCGUAACAGACACUUCUGUGCUGCAAAAGGAUAAGUGUUUACAAUCUGCAUCCAGGCUUUUUAUUUGCACAGUCCAUUCAUUCAUUGCCUCCAGGUCUUCACUCACCAAACUGUUAUGUAUCUGUUGUGAGCCUGCACGCACUGUGAUUGAGAAACAGAACUGCCAGUGUACCAGUUGUGUAUGUUCACUUGGCAUGUCUAAAGUGUGGACAUCAAUCAUAUACGCUUCUGGUCUAUCUACUAACCUGUAAAGGGCAUCAUCAGAUGUAGGACAUCUUGUGUGGAUUGCAGAAUAUCCCCCAACUCUUGUUGUAAGACUUGAAAUAACCUGUAAUUUCUUUUCCUUCUAUCUGCAUCUUGACUUUGUAGUCCCAGGAUGGGUUGCCGUGGCCAGCUUUUGAGCCUUUGUUCUCGCUAUGGGCUGUGUCAUUGUUUUUUCCUGUUGUGUGAUAAAUUCUUUAUUGUAACAUGUCAGCACAACGUGUGAUGUGAAGACUUCUGCUCGACUCAUCCCAUAACAGGACUGCUUCUUCUACACUAUAUUAGAGAUUGGUGUGUCUUUAAUCAUUUAUUUAUAGAAAAGAACCAAAUAUUUAGUCUAUUUCUAGGUAUCUUAAUUUCACCUUUGUACACUUUAAUUUUUAAGUGCUAAAAUAUUGAAAUAAAAAUGUAACUGUACUUAAAUUAAUCUGCCAAUAAAAAUUUAAAAAUUUGGAAACUGAAA